CGGGGCCGUCUCUGUUCUCAGCCUUGUGCUUUGCCAGGAACACGGCGGACCGCACCAGCCCGAGCGGAGCAGCGGAGCGCCGCGCCUGCCCGCCCACGAGGCCAGACACCUGCCUGACUGUUGGUGUGAGAGCAAGAACUCCAGAUUGUGGCCUCCAAGUCAUGGAAGCACCUUUGCAGACAGAGAUGGUAGAGCUGGUGCCCAACGGCAAACACUUGGAAGGCCUACUCCCUGUGGGCAUGCCUACCACGGGCAAUGAGAGGAUGGAGGAUUCCAGAAGGAGCUGUGUGGAAGGCAAGAGCUUCUUACAGAAAAGCCCCAGCAAGGAGCCACACUUUACUGAUUUUGAGGGCAAGACAUCAUUUGGGAUGUCAGUGUUCAACCUCAGCAAUGCCAUCAUGGGCAGCGGCAUUCUGGGGCUCGCCUACGCUAUGGCCAACACAGGCAUCAUUCUUUUCCUAUUCCUGUUGACAGCCGUCGCCCUGCUUUCUAGCUACUCCAUCCAUUUGCUCCUCAAGUCCUCAGGGAUUGUGGGCAUCCGUGCCUAUGAGCAACUGGGCUACCGUGCCUUUGGGACCCCGGGAAAGCUGGCAGCAGCUCUAGCCAUCACGCUUCAGAACAUCGGAGCCAUGUCCAGCUAUCUGUACAUUAUCAAAUCUGAGCUGCCUCUUGUCAUCCAGACCUUCUUGAACCUGGAAGAGCAGACUUCGGACUGGUACAUGAAUGGGAACUACCUGGUGAUCCUGGUGUCCUCCACUAUCAUUCUGCCCCUGGCACUGAUGCGGCAGCUUGGCUACCUCGGCUACUCCAGUGGCUUCUCCCUCAGCUGCAUGGUGUUCUUUCUAAUUGCUGUCAUCUACAAGAAGUUCCAAGUGCCCUGUCCUCUGCCAUCCAACUUGACCAAUGGCACAGGCAACUUCAGCCACGUGGAGGUGAUGGAGGAGAAGGCACAUCUGCAGGCAGAACUUGACGCUGCUGCUCUCUGUACCCCAAGCUACUUCACCCUCAACUCACAGACAGCAUAUACCAUCCCCAUCAUGGCCUUCGCCUUCGUCUGCCACCCUGAGGUGCUGCCCAUCUAUACGGAGCUCAAGGACCCUUCCAAGAAGAAGAUGCAACACAUCUCUAACCUGUCCAUUGCUGUGAUGUAUGUCAUGUACUUCCUGGCUGCCCUCUUCGGCUACCUCACCUUCUAUGACAGAGUCGAGUCAGAACUGUUGCACACCUACAACAAAGUGGACUCAUUCGACGUGCUCAUCUUGUGUGUGCGUGUGGCCGUGUUGACAGCAGUGACACUCACAGUGCCGAUCGUUUUGUUCCCGGUACGCCGAGCUAUUCAGCAGAUGCUGUUUCAGAACCAGGAGUUCAGCUGGCUGAGACACGUGAUCAUUGCCACUGGCUUGCUCACUUGUAUUAACUUGCUGGUUAUCUUCGCCCCCAACAUCUUGGGCAUCUUUGGGAUUAUUGGUGCCACCUCUGCUCCAUGCCUCAUCUUUAUCUUCCCUGCCAUCUUCUACUUCCGAAUUAUCCCCACUGAGAAGGAGCCUGCUAGAUCCACACCCAAAAUCCUGGCUCUUUGUUUUGCCGUGGUUGGCUUCUUACUAAUGACCAUGAGUUUGAGCUUCAUUAUCAUUGACUGGGUCUCCGGGACCAGCCGACAUGGAGGAAACCACUAAGGAUGACUUUCAUCUACUUCUGUCUACACAUUCUAGCACCCCUGGUCCAGAAUCUCCAAGCCCCUGCUCCCAUCCUGUGGCCAGGUUGGAGGGGGGGGUGAAGAGGGGGGGGGAGGAGAAAGACAAGGGAGACAGACUCAUAAACACCAGGGCCUUUGGCCCUGCCCACAUCCUCUUCUGUGGAAGGUUUUUGUUAAAGAGCCAGGAGCAAGGCCCUUUGGCCACCACCUGCUGAGAUCCUGAGCUGCAGGGGGGCUUCCUGAGCAGGGAACAGGGUGGGGUUGUGGCCUCAGAUCUCACCCAAACCCUUCAUCUCCCCCACCCCCUCCCACAGCUGCAUACACUGAAGUACAACAUCUGGCUAUUUAGGUGGUCCAGAAGCCUACUGGGACACUUAGAACUGGAACCCAGAGCUGGUAACCCAGCCUCCCCCCAACACCCCCUUCAUGGCCAGAGUUGUGCCCCCAGAGGGCUUCUCUCCCCCAGCUCAUUAUUCCCUUUCCUCCUUUUUAACCUUUUGGCUCAUUUUAGAAAACUUGGACCAAGUGGCUCCUUUUGUUCUCUUCUAUCUCCUUCACAAGAGGGGAUCUUCCGUACCCCAUAGCUUGGGCCAGGAGGUUCUGCUGUGGAUGGGGUAUACAUCUCCAAAGGGGUCACUUCCCCUGUCCAUUCACCAGUCCCAGGGAGGCUGGGACUCCCAAACUCAAUUCCUGGGUCCAUAUCUCACAUUCCACUACUAGGAGAAGAAAGGCUGAGCCCAGAGUCUAUCCUACCCCUGGGAACCAAAGAUCCCCCACGCCCCAAGACUGGGACAGGGGUGGGGAGGCUAACGGCCCUCUUUUAUAAAUAUUAUACAGAAGA